UCUCGAAACCAGCCGCCGCCGCGGACAGCUAUCCACUAUCCUCCCGAGGUAUUACUCAAAAAAAAAAAAAAAAACUAUCCUCCAGAGGCAGUGAAAGGAUGCGCUGGCUCCGGCUAACCGGCGAUGGAAGAUGUUGGCUUCGAGUUCCUGGUGGAUGUUGUCGACAGGUUUCCAUUCCGUCAAGACUUUGCGGACAGCUUGAACCUCCCAGAUCCGGUUCCUCUGGCGGUCCUCCCGCGGAUUGCUGCGAGCGCUGAGCCGGCUGAGUGGAAUGCCGUCUACUGGUGCGGCCAGCGUAUUGGCGGCGCUAGACAGGGCAGGCCGCAGGACGACGGGCGACAGCGGCGGGAGGCUUCUCCGACAAGGUCGGCGGAGUCAACGGACAGGGUGAAUCUGGAGGGUCUGGAUGGACAAAAAGGUUACGUCUUGGGAGUGCGCCGCCGGACAGAACACGUGUCCAUCUAGGACGAGUGCCCGAGAGCAGUCAAUCCGCAAGUAUGCAGAGGAACCGACAAAAAGUGUAGUUUGUCCUGAACUAUGACUUAGUUUCGACUCACUUGGCGAGGCGUACUACUUCUACAAUAUGUAUUCGUGGGAGAUCGGGUUAGGGAUAAGGUAUGGCAAGCGCCCUAUAACGGUGUCAAUCCUCCAAGGCUCCAACCCCCAGGUUUGGUUUUCAUCUGCCUUAUUUUCUUUUGUUCCUUCUGGCGAUGCAUUGAUUUAGUGCAUGGAUGCACAACAGGAAGAUUGGAUGCUAGAUUUGCUAAGUUCUGUGAACAUGUUAGAUGGAACUAAAUUAAGCAUGCUAUUUGCUGAUUUUUUUUUCUGAUAUGCACACACUAACAGUGGCAUACAUGGUCGCUUAGUGAAAUUCUUUCUUAAUGUAAUUGUAUCUGGCACAGCCAAAUAGGGAAAUCAGUGUUUGUUUUUUCUGAUGGAACAGAGAAACCACAUGUUGCAUGGAUGGGGAAAAAAAUCUAAGUAUUGUCCAGCUCUUUCGUUGCAAACUUUCAUGCUCCCAAACAGGGUGACAGAAUGUCGUGGCUACUGAAUAUGUUGGUCCUGCUGUAUUUAGCUACCUGUUGUACUACUAUAACUUCCAUAUUUGACUAUUAGAUUCCAUAUUAGGAUCAAGUUCGCGUUCGAGGAACAAUGUAUGAACAUGCUCCAAUGAAAAUGUGGUAAUUGGGUGCCAGUUGAUUAUUAUUAAUGUGUGAAAUCAUGCCGAUCAAACUGGACAACUCAUCCUACUAUGAAUUAGGAUAUCAAUUUGUAAUCCUUUGUGCAUUGCCAUAGAGUGUAUUUAUCAACAUGGACAGCAUGAGCCUACAAUUGUUUGUAUCUCUUCAUUGUUAGCGUAUAUGAAAUUUUAUUUGACCUUUAUAUCUGUUUUUUUUCUUUUAAAGUAGUUUAUACUCUUAAUUAUCAUAAUUCCUCUUAUUAGCCCGAAGAUUUAAGAGAUAGAGUCCACUAGAAAGCGCUUGUGGAGGAUUGUUUGGGGGUUCUACAAUUUUAUUGGUAAUCUAAAGGUAAUUAAUAUAACUGAGUAUUCUGCCAUUUUUUUCACGAAAUGAUAUAAUUGUAUAAGAACUACUAUAUAUCUACUGUAAUCACCCUGCUAUUUUUGACCCUUUCAUUCUUUUCGAAAUACUUUGUGUAAAGAUUUUAGUAAUAUUUUGCCCAGAUGAAGUGUUUGCACCUUUGAUUCAAUUUUUUGCCUCACACCGGUGCAAAAAUCACAUACAUUUCCUCCUGCUAUUACCAAUAUCAUGAAUAUCUGUAGGGAAUCAACGUGAAGACUGUCUCCUACAGGAAGACGACUUCCUCUGCAGUUCCAUGUAAAUUUAUUUCAGCGAGGAGGUCAUCAUCAUGUCUAAACUGCCGACGGAAAAUGCAGCAUCACCUCACCUUUUGUUGAGUAGCAACAAUCGAGUAGUGGUAGUCAGCUUCAAAUCAUUUGAUGUUUAGGUUCCGAUUCUCUCUUAUCUGAAUAGUUGCAUGCAGCUUUCACUUUUAUAGGGGGUUACCAUCUUGCACAUUUAUAUAUCUGUGUGAUUACAUAAAUUCAGUUUUGAUUGUUCUUCCUUUUGCAGAUGUUUGUAUUUAGCUGAACCACCGUCUACUUUUACUGUUUCCAUAUGAUAUUCUCCCUUGCUGGAAUUGGUCACCGUUGGUUAUCCUUCAUCAUAUAUUUUUAUAUGUUAUUCACAUAUUUUAUAUCUUCUAGACACCAGAAGCAGAUACCCUCCAUCUCUGGCGCAACUUGUCGGCCGGGCUUCUGUCGAGACGGGCUCGUCACUUGUUA